ACGGGUUCGACUGACUGGAUUCAUCAAUUUGUACACAAAUAACGUGGUGGGGAGGAUGGUACGCAUGUCUGCAGACUUGUAUAUAUAGUCCACCGACCGUAUCCAAUAAUCAUCAUUCAACGGGAUCACUUCCAAUAAUCAACACUAAACAUGAAAUUCGCAACAGCUCUAGUCACAUUGGCGGUCGUAGCCCUCGUCCGGGCCGACGCGUCCACUAACGAAAAGAAAUCGGCGAAACACGAAAAGAGAAGUUUAGGAGAAUUCGGAUUAGGACUUUCCGGUCUCGGCUACAGCUCUGGCCUCAGCUACGGAUCUGGUUUGGGCUACAGCUCCGGUUUGAAAUACGGUUCCGGGCUGGGCUAUAGCUCCGGUCUUGGCUACGGCUCUGGUCUCAGCUACGGAUCUGGUUUGGGCUACAGCUCCGGUUUGAAAUACGGUUCCGGGCUGGGCUAUAGCUCCGGUCUUGGCUACGGCUCUGGUCUCAGCUACGGAUCUGGUUUGGGCUACGGUUCCGGUCUAGGCUACGGUUCCGGUCUGGGCUACGGUUCCAGUCUAGGAUACUCCGCUGCCGCUGCCGCUCCAUUACCAACAACCGGCCCCAUUGUACCAAUCUCCAAGGAAGUGCACAUCAUCAACAAACACGCACAACCGGUGUCCGCCCCAUACCCAGUGCCAGUAACCCAUGACGUACCCGUCCCCGUACCACAUGCAGUGCCCUACCCGGUUGACAAACCAUACCCAGUACAUGUGCCAGCCCCAUAUCCAGUCCCAGUCGAAAGGCCCGUUCCAUACGCAGUCGACAGGCCCGUUCCUCACCCAGUGCCAUCGCCUUACCCAGUCCCAGUAGUUCGUGACGUUCCAGUUCCAGUGUCCAAGCCGUACGCAGUUCCAGUAGUCAAACAAAUUCCCGUACCAGUAGCUUCUCCAGUCAUCGUGCCCGCCGUCCACCACGCAGCACCAUUAGUCGCUUCCAGCUAUAGCACCGGACUUGCAUCUUCCGCAAUUGGUUACGGUUCCGGUUAUGGAAUCGGUCACGUCAGCCCAUCAAUCGGUUACGGACUCGGAUCUUCUGCCAUCAGUUACGGUGCAUCUUCAUACGGUGCAGGUAGCCUGUACAGUGGUUCUUUGGGACACAGUAGCCUAGGUUUAUCAUCGUACGGACAUGGUGCCCAUGGUUUCGAUUACAAGAAAUAAAACACUCGAAUGAUUCGCCUAUCCUGCAGAAAUACACUGCACUGACGACGGAUAUGCUUAGAUUUAUAUUUUACCGUGUAUAUUGUGUAUACACAUAUUUGUAUGUUCUUAGAUAAUUAUUUGAAAUUUUGUUUUUAUAUUUUCAAUAUUGUUAAUAACCGAUAGUUAUUGACUGACAUUAAACACAUAAUAAAUGUUUUUAAU